AUGGACUCAAACUUAGUAGCUCAUCUUUCUCUCUUGUCAUUGGAUAACAGCAAAGAAGAUGCGGAAGAACUCGCUGCAACGCCCAUUUUUACACAGGCUGUUCACGAAUAUGGAUCGUCUUUAAAAACAGCAACGAGAAAGCCGUUUGCUCAAUACGGACUUCUUGCUGGAAUUAUUGAGAAUACAUCUGCAGCUCAAAACGGCCCUGCAUUUGAUCCAAAGGAUCCAAGGCUGUUCUUUAACACAUCAACUCCAUCAAGCGUCUUCAUUUGCGGCAGUCAGGGCUCCGGAAAAAGCCACACCUUGAGCUGCAUUUUGGAGAAUUGUUUAAUGCAGUCCAAAGCCAGUGUCUUGCAUCGUCCAUUAACAGGUAUCGUAUUUCAUUACGAUCCUUGGGUAUCUGCUUCUAGGGGCUCGCCCUGUGAGGCCGCCUAUCUUGCCUCAGCCCAGAAGAUCUCGGUCAGAGUCCUCUGCCCGCCGACCAACGUGAAACAGAUUGAGGGGAUUUAUUCUAAACUUCCAAAUGUCCGGGUCGAGACUCUUCGAAUCAACCAAUCGGAUCUGAAUACAAAGAGGAUGAUGGACUUAAUGGCCAUUAGUUCCGUACAGGGUGGCAUGCCACUAUAUAUGCAUGUAGUUCAGCGUAUUCUGAAAGACUUGCGAAUCGAGCAACAAGAGAAAGAAACAACUUUCAAUUACCGCGACUUCAAGCAGCGUUUGUUGGAUGCCGCUCUGACGCCUGCCCAGCUCCAGCCUCUCCAGCAACGCCUUGAAACUCUGGAGAGCUUCAUGGUAAAGGAGCAAGUUGUCCAUAUCUCCAAGAAGAAAGCAAUUCAGAGCCAAGGUAAAGCGAAUAGUUGGGAGCCCAAAACCGGUCAGCUCACCAUUAUCGACUUAUCAUGCCCUUGCGUGACAGAAGAGACGGCGUGUUCUCUGUUUAACAUAUGUCUCAGUCUCUUCUUGGAGCAGAGUCCUCAAGUCGGUCGUGUGGUUGCGUUGGACGAAGCUCAUAAGUUUAUGACGGACACAGCUGAGUGUCAAGUGCUGACGGAGUCGCUUUUAUCCAAUAUUCGUUUGCAACGUCAUUUGGGACUUCGAGUUAUCAUAUCGACUCAGGAGCCUACCAUAUCGCCCAAACUAUUGGAUCUAUGUUCUGUGACUAUCGUGCAUCGAUUCACUUCGCCAGACUGGCUCCAGAGCUUGAAGAAACACCUAGCAGGCGCAUCUCUUUCACUACUGUCCAAAGGUCAACACACCCCAAAUGGGCUGCCUAAUGGCGAUGACAAGAUCAACGGCGUUAGAAGCGUCCGUGAGAAUCCCAGUGAUGUUGCAGCAGAGCUCUUCGGCAAGAUUGUUGCUUUGCGACGCGGAGAAGCUCUCCUGUUCUGCCCAUCGGGCAUAGUUGGCGUGCGCACGACAGCCAUUAAAACAGAAAACGGGUCUCCUGCAAAGAAAACAAGUCCACAGCUCAUCAAACUGUCUUAUGGACACCUAAAGAUUCGGGUCCGGGAGAGAAUCACUCAGGAUGGCGGGCGGAGCAUUCUUGCAGUAUAA